AUGUCGAUCAACGUUGUUCCCUCUACAUUUCAAGGAGCGUACUGGAUCCGCAACAGAUCCAAUGGCAGUGUCCUGGGAGUCGGUGCCCUUCCUGACGGCGCGACUACGCCAGUCGGCCAAGCCAAGCUUGGGGUUCAUCAAGUCUUGACUGAUCGGUCUCAAAUGUGGCUUCUCGAGCCGCUCUCGGAUGGCGUCAGCUUCUAUGUCAGAAAUGCUCAAACGGACGGGGUCUUGGAUGUCAGAGGUAGCGCCACGAGUGACGGUGCCUCAGUCAUCAUGUAUCCGCAGACGGUCAAUGCCAACCAGCACUGGACUUUUGAAUGGGUUGAAGAUGCGGACGGAGCCGCCUACUAUCGUGUGAAUAACAAUUCCAGCAAAAAGGCUUUGACUCUGACCACUGGUUCCGGCAAUGCUGGUGUGUCGUCAACUUGGAAUAAUGGACUGGAGCAGCGCUGGGCGUUUGUACCCGUCCACAUCCCAACGUUGUACCGCAUCUCCCAUGCGCAAACCGGGUGGUUUCUUGGGUAUGAUAAGAACAAUGGUUCGGCCCUCGCAUCCGAAAAGGUCCCCAUUACCGAUGCCUCGCGCUACCAGCUGUGGUUCGUCGAAUCGACCGACGAGGGUUACGUGAUCCGGAGCGUCGAGGAUGACAACAAAGUCCUCGACUUGUCCGGGAGCGAGACGGCCGACGGGACGCCUGUCAUUGCGUACAACUAUCACGGCAAGAAGAACCAACAAUGGAAAAUCGUCGACCUUGACGCAAGCAAUCCCAACGACGAUCGGGUCAAGAUCGUCAGCGCCGUGACGGACACUGUUAUUCAGGUAAUCGAGGGCGGCACGUCGGGAAAACUCCAAGCCCAGACAAAUCACGACAACUCUUCUCAGGCCUGGAGGCUCCAUCAACAACCCCUCCCAUCCGUGUACUGGACGACGCUGCAGAAUCUCAAGACUGGAAAAUUCCUCAAGCAGAGCGAAAGCACCGUCUCGCCCUCAUCCGGCAUGGAGAAUGCCCUCGAUUAUAGCGUGCAGUGGAGGUUCGUCCCCGACGGGACCAGGCCGCAUCACUUUUCAGUCGUCAACAGGGCCACGGGCAGGGUCCUCCUCGCGACAAAGGAGUCGCCAAUUGUCGUGGCGACCAGCGACAGAAAGGACGCGGGAGCCUUGUGGGCGGUUGAGGCGGCCGGAGACGGGAUUGCCAUUGUCAGCACGCAGACGGUCGGCGCCCUGGACCAUUACGGUGGUGGUGAUGCAAUUGAGGCGCAUCCAAACAAUGGGAUCACGGAUCCAUACCACCACUGGAUCAAUGUUCAGGUAGCAGAUAGGCUUCCAUCAUUUGCUCUCAUCAAUUCCCGGACAGGACACUGCCUAGCCUUCAAACCUGAUACCAAGCCGGGAAGCGUCGUCAUGUCCACGGACUCGUUGAUGCAAUGGGGAAGCCAAUGGUAUCUCGACAUAGUGCUCGGAGAGGACGACUCCGCCAUCUACGCAAUCAUUAAUAAAGCCUCCGGCACGGUCCUGGACCAUUGGGCAGGGGAGCGCAUUGAGGCACAGGACGAUGACACGAGCGACCCUCACCAUCAAUGGAGACUGAUCCCCUGUCCGUGCGGAGAGAAUUACUUCCAGCUGCAGAACGUGGGUACCGAUCGUUAUCUCGAGGAGAGGGUCGACAAAGUUGCCAACGCCACCGCGACUACUCCCAUGAACCCCGACAGCCCCGAACACAACGAUCAGGCACAGUGCUGGGAGCUCGUGUCUGCCCGCGUAGGGGGCUUCGACCUCAUUGAUAUCGACGACGAUGUGCUGCAGAGGAUCUUGAUGUACCUCCAGCCCGGGGAUGCAAAGGCUCUGAAACAUCGCAUCGUCAAGCGAGCCCCAGGAAAGGGGAAGAAGGGGAAGAACAAGAACGCUCACAUACCUCAAAACCCUAGACUGCUGCGGAACUUUCCUCGAACUGUUGGCCUAAUAUUCCAGCACCUCAUCAACGAUUGGGUCGAAGACAGACUGCCGACGACUGUGCAGGCUGGCAGGCGCGUGUCGACGACCCCGAACGAGGUCCAGUCCCGCUAUAACAUCGAUGUACCGCGUUCACUCCUCCGCGAAGGACAAGGAGCCGAUAGGGCAGGUUGGAUGCGCAUCGAUAUACAGGGCACAUAUACCACCACACCUGGUCACCGUGUCGCCAACAUCCAGGGCCAGUGGAACACGGAGUCGCUCUUCCACGUCAUCGUCCCUCUGGGCGUGCACGUUGGGGCAGAGACCAUUCGAGACGCGAUGCGCCGGAGCCUGGAAACAGGUGACAGCGUCAUAAUUGCUCGAGAGAAUUCGACGAGCCCUGCCGGGGGGUCGAGACCGGGUACAAUCCCGAGGCCGCCCCCCGGUCCGUCCGGUGGCAGUGGGAAUGGGUGGGCAUACCUUGGCGCUGCUAUCCUUGCUGCUGCUUCCCUGCUCUAA